CAUCUGCUGGACGGACGCGUUCGUCGCGCUCAGUUUUGUGUUAACUCGUUUCAUUUAUGUAUUUAUUUUAUUAUUUUUAGUUGUUCGUGUUUGAUCUUUUUGAUAAUUUUAAUUAGCUUUUGUUCGAUUAAGGCCUGCUAAAGAGAGUCAGGCUUUAUAUUUUUUAGUCACGAAACAGGACUUUGUUUGCAGUUGUGGAGGAUUUUCCCUUAAAAGUUUACUAUGGUUGCUCUGGUCACUGGAUUAUUACCUGUGGAUCUAUCUUCUUCAUCGGGUUUGCUGUGCUGCUCGUGUGGCUUCCUUCUAAUUCGGCCAAAACAGACAGUUUGUGGACACCGAUACUGCGAGUCAUGUGCGGCAUCGUUAUUUCUAGAAUCAGAAACUGGCAAAUGUCGUGUGUGUCAAGAGAAGAUCCUGAAAUCACAGGUGUUCUUUGAUAAAGCAGCUGAGAAUGACAUCUCCAAAACAGACAUUAUGUGCCCUAAUAGUUCACAUGGCUGCAGCUGGAAGGGGAAGUUAAAAGCCUACCUGACCUCUCAUGAAAAAGAAUGCAAGUAUGGCCUAGAGCCCUGCUCAAAUGCCAAUUUUGGCUGUGAGUUUACUGGCACCCAAAAGGAACUUGUGCAGCAUGAGAGUCAGCAUUGUGCCUGGAGGAUGGUUUACUGCCACCUGUGCAGCACUUUAGUGGCCUACAGCCUUCUGCAGGAACACAUCCUAAACUGCCCACAAAACAAGGCAUUGUUUGUUGAAAUGCUAAAACCUCGGAGUACAGCCUCAGAGGUAAACCCGAAGAGUGAAAUUUGUGACAAAGAUAAAGGAUGCUGUCCUUUUGAAAAAGUUGGAUGUUCUGAAAAGCCCAAAUCUAUGGUUGAUCAUUUGCUCACCAGCUAUCCUGACCACCUCUUGCAAGUCCUCUCUGCAAUCUCCAACUUGGAAUGCCGCUUGAACCGAGGCGAAGAAAUCAACACUGGUUUCAAAAAAUUAGUCAUGGGCAAGCUGGUGUCUGUUAACAGCCUGAUUACAUCUCAUAAGGAACUGGAUGGGGAGGAAAAUAUACCAAAGUAUACAGACCAGCACCAUGAGGAAAACCAGACACUGAAGAAGCUCAUCUCUGUGUUGAGUGAAGACCUUUCUACCUGUAGUCGAGCAGUGGAAGAACUCCAGAAGAGGUGUCUGGCCUAUGAGAAGACCAUUAUUGAACUUCAAAGUCGUACUCAACAUUCCUCAAGCCACCUUGCCUCAGAUAAUGGUAUUCUGAUUUGGAAAAUUGAGGGAUUUUCGGCAUGUGUUAAGACCUCUUUGUCCCAGAGUAGGAGCACUCCUUAUUCUCUCUAUUCCCCUGCUUUCCUUUCCCACUCAUUUGGCUACAAGCUGUGUUGCAGACUCUACCCUGGUGGUGAUGGCAUGGGUAAAGGCACCCAUGUGUCACUUUUCCUCUCAGUUAUGAAAGGAGAGUUUGAUGACAUCCUGCCUUGGCCAUUCAAGCAGAAGGUCACUUUCAUACUGUUGGAUCAGUCAGGUGCUGGUCAACAUGUGAAAGAGACAUUCAUACCAGACCCUCUAAGUGGAUCAUUCCAAAAGCCAAAAACCUCAAUAAAUGUGGCAAGUGGAUGUCCACAGUUCAUCAAGCAUUCAGUGCUGUUCAAUCCACAGAGUCAAUACCUCAAAAAUGACGUUCUGUACCUGAAAGCCAUAAUCGAUAAAAGUGGAAUUAUGCUGUAGACAUCUGAGACUUUGAUUCAAGUGAUGAAAAGUUUAUGAUUUUCACCAUGCCAAAGCAGCCAGGCUGGAAGUCGCACUGCUCCUGUAAGCACUUAACGAGGCCUGGAGCCAGCUUUAGUGCCGCCACUAGGUGACGUCGGGCAGCCACAGGAAAUCAUCAUGAAGCAAUUGCACUUUACAGACUGGAAAUUAGAAAUAUGCUGCUAUUUAUAAAAAAGAGAAUACAUCUUCAAAGACAGCUUAUCAAUAAUAU